ACGCUGCUGGAUUUCGUGACGUCACGCGGACCAUUUCCGAACACACUGGCGGGAGUGCGAAUGUUAUCCUCUAGCUACAAAAUAACCCAAAACCUGCCAAAGCAAGCUUUUGUUGAAUUUAUUUUGAAAACGAAUCUAGCGCCAAGCAGGUGUUAUAUUGCAAGCAAUUGAAAUUGACAAAGUUUGCAGGAGAGAAGACGGUAACAACCACCAGAAGACGCCACACACGUAUCUUUAGUCAAAGAGACGGAAUUGUUAACGUUAGCUGGUUUAUUAUUUUCCCGUUCUGCCUUUAUCUGCAACGUCAAGGGAGAUAGAGUUAAAUUCGAUUCAUUUUCAAAUUAUUCAUCAGCUACGCUUUCAAGACUACUGAAAAUAAAUGGCUAAAGUUCAAGUGUUGAAUGUCGCUGUGUUAGACAACCCAAGUCCUUUUGGGAACCCGUUUCAGUUCGAGAUUACGUUCGAAUGCAUGGAGGAUUUACCGGAGGACCUGGAGUGGAAGAUCAUCUAUGUGGGCUCAGCAGAGAGUGAGGAGUAUGAUCAGACUCUGGACUCAGUUCUGGUUGGACCAGUACCGGCAGGCAGACACAUGUUCGUGUUCCAGGCGGAUGCCCCCAACACCGGGCUGAUUCCUGAGAGUGAUGCUGUGGGGGUAACCGUGGCGCUCAUCACCUGCACCUACAACGGACAGGAGUUCAUCCGUAUCGGUUACUAUGUCAACAAUGAAUACACCGACCCAGAGCUCAGAGAGAACCCACCGGUCAAACCAGACUACACACAGCUGCAGAGGAACAUCCUGGCCUCUAACCCCCGUGUGACCCGGUUCCAUAUCAACUGGGAUGGCUGUUCAGACAAGAUGGAGGACAGUGAGAACGUAGACCCCUCCCCCAACAGCAGCAGUAGCAGCAGCAUGGCGCCCUCCUCCUGUUUACCUGGCAAGGCGUUACCUGUAGGACUGAUGUCUGGUAACUCUAUGGACUGUCUGUAGAACACAGACACCCCACCAGCAUUGCCUUGCCACGUUCUACUCCAGCAGCCGCCAGUCUUUGGCAGGAAGGUUGAGUCACUAUUAUAAACCAGCUGUACUGUAGGGUAUACGGUCUCCCUCCUUCACACAGCAACACCUCUCUCUGUCUCCACUGGCACCCUAUUCCCUCCAUAGUGCACUACCUUUUUAAACGGGGUCCUCUGCUCCAAUGUAGUGCACUAUCACGGAACAGGGUGCCAUGUCAGACUCCUGGUCCAAAACGUCCUGUUCUGUGUCUUCUUGUUUUACAACCCAACUUGACCUGGACCGGUUUCCAUACCAACACCGCUAAAGCUCAGGCCCUGCUUCAGUACUGUAGAAAUGUGUCUCUGUUUCCUUGAGGUGAGCAGGGAACCUGGAAGUGAUUUGUAUCGGUGGCAACAAGGUGACCACACUAUUACUUCUACCUGUCCAACCAAUCCCUGAUCUGGGAUUACUUCCACCUGUCCAACCAAUCCCUGAUCUGGGAUUACUUCCACCUGUCCAACCAAUCCCUGAUCUGGGAUUACUUCCACCUGUCCAACCAAUCCCUGAUCUGGGAUUACUUCCACCUGUCCAACCAAUCCCUGAUCUGGGAUUACUUCCACCUGUCCAACCAAUCCCCGAUCUGGGAUUACUUCCACCUGUCCAACCAAUCUCCGGUCUGGGAUUACUUCCACCUGUCCAACCAAUCUCCGAUCUGGGAUUACUUCCAGGAAGGUAGGCCUCUAGAGGGAGACUGAGUUGUCUCUAGGAAAAAGCCUAACCCUACAGGGUGACUCCAGGACUGUUCAGGCCUCAAUUCCAUUUCAAUUCAGGAAGUACUCUGUAACUCCAAUUCAAAUCAAGGCUUUUUAAUGAAGAAAAAUGUAGAAUUGGAAUUUGUUUUACUUACUGAAUAGAAAUUUAAAAGGACUUGAUCCCAAACCUGGUUCUGUGUCCCAAAUGUCAGUCUGUUCCCUACAUAGUGCACUACCUUUGACUAGAGUUGUCCGGGGCCAAUAGGGCUGUUGUCAAAAGUAGGGCACUAUGUAGGGGAUAGGGUACCAUUUGGGAGGUACCAUGCAUUGUAGUUGGGGGAGGGGUUUGUUUGUCAGUCAUUUGACUGUUGUUACUUUACUGUAUAUACCUGUGAUUCAUUAGCGCUUAAGAGAUGUCAUGUUUUUUUUUUGCAUUGUAAUAUUUGUAACAAUGAAAAGUAAUAAUAAUAAACAUUUGUUGUUUUUAAA